GCGAUAUUAGAUAAUUUUAUAGUAAUACCAUUGAUUUUAUUUUAUUUUAACUAUGAUUGUUUAUGAUAUAUGCUGUUGUCUCUAUGGUGGUGUAAAGUUGAAUAGUAUAUGCGUGAGGUAAUCGUGAUUGAUCCUUUGGUUAUGUAUGUAUUGGUUUAUGUAGAUGAACUUGGAUUUAGAGGUUUUAACAGUCCAACUUCCUAUGAUGGUUUUGAUGAAAAUGUUGCUAUGGAUAUAAUCGAUGAACAAAUUGAAGAAGCUAACCAAGGAGAUUUCCUAUCAUAUCAGGAUAUUCAAAAUGAUAUGGAGAGAUACAAACAAAAUCAACAGGAUAUUAUUAAUGAACAAGGUCUAAUGUUGAAACGAGUUCAACAAUGGCAUGAAAACCUUCGACCGAUUUUAGAAGAAGAAGAAAAGAGAACUGAAUUUGAUAUACACGAAUAUGGAACAAGAUUGUUAAAUUGCUUUAAGUCAAUAGGUGAACAGAAAACAUUUAAGGAAUUGAUUGAACUGGUUGGAGGAUCAGCGCAAGUAGAAGUUUCUCGAUACUUUUUAUCUACUUUAAUGAUGACUAAUACUUAUAACUUGAAGUUAACAAAAUCAAGUGAUGGUGAAAUGAUAAUAGAACUUUUGAAAAAAGAAAGGCAUCAUGAAGAACUUCAAGUUAAUAUUGGUAAUCAAGUGAACCAAGAACCAAAGUGAUUAUAAUAAUCUGUGAAAACUCAUAAUAAUACCAUCUUCUGGAAAUACUUCUACUGACCUUUUUUUUUUUAUAAAUAUAUAUAUAUUUUAGUGU